AACAAAACAACCAGAAUUUUUUAGCAGAGUUUGAAGAAAGCUGAAAAUAUAAGAUUGAAUUAAAUAUUAAAGACAACUUCGAACAAAAUAUAGUGUUAAAUUUGAACAGCUUUGGUGUUCAGUUAUAGCUCCGACUACUUCUUAAACAUAUUUUGCCAUUGAUGAGGCAAGUGUGUAUUUUCUUUCCCCUUCUGGUAGCAAAAUCUUCUGCAUCAAAACUUAUAUUCACGUGAAAUAACAACAAGAUAAUCGAUAUUGGAAAAUUAGUGUUUAGUUAUGGGAAAUUAGGUGAGAUAGCUAAGAAAAAAAACCAUAAUUCACUAAAUAACCAAAUUCACACUCUCUCUUCUAUUUUUUCUUCCUAUUUUUUUCUAUCUUCUCUCUACAACCAAAUUAAUUUCUCUUUUUUUAGUGGUUAUUUCACAAAUAAACCAUUUAGUUAUAGUUCGAGAACAAAUGACUUACUAAUGGCAACAAAAGCUUCCACUAAGGCACUCAAUAUGAUUACUUUUGAGAUUGUGUGUUUGAUUGGUUGAAACUGUGGUUGUAUGAUUUUUGGUUUAAGAUUUAUGCUUUAGAUUUUAACUGUGGUUUUUCCUUUUUUUUGUUACUGUAGAUUUUUCUAAAGCACUGAAUAAAAAUUCUAGAAAAAAUGAUUUCUAAAGCAAUUUGAUUUCCUUUUAUAAUGUUUUAACUUUAGAUUCAAAUUUUAGAAGAUAAAGCAUGAUGACUCGAAAAAAAUGUUAUAGAAAUAAAGCUCCCUGUGUAAUGAAGAUAUUGAGAUUCCGCUAGACGGCAGACAAUAGUAAAAAAUGUAUAUAUGAAUUGUUAGACAGAAAUUAUACAUCAAGGAGAGAGUGAGAGGGAGGUAGUCCUACAUGGUCUGAUGCAAAAAGUGCAUAUAUGUGAUGCCCUUGAAAUCUUGGAGUUUUAAAGCUUAUUAUGGUUAACUUUAUUCAAACAUAUUACUCUUCAUUACUUGAAUGGACAAAUGAUGAAUUUCUUGGUUCCUUUAAGAUGAAGAAGAGUUGGAGAUGGAUGAGAAUUAGAGAGUAUAUUAGCUGCACAAAAAUAAAAUUUAGUUAAGCCACCACCAUGAAAGCAGUUAUCUUUUCCUCAAUUGCAGGCUUGGCCCAAUAUAUAUUGAUGCCUAAAGAAAUAUAAAAUUUUGAGCCCUUACAGAGUUGAACCUUGCACCCUGUAGGGAAAUAGGCACACAAUGACACAACCACUGACUAGAAACAAUUUGAAAUUUUGGAUUUCUUUGAAUUUUUACUCUAAUUUGGCGCUUAAAACCCAAACUUUACCAGCUUUAGGUCACGCCGGCACUGCUCACUUGUGAUGCCAAUGUUGAUCAGGCAGAGAAAGUCUCAACAUUUUAAACUUUAUUGCAGUGUAACUAUUUUUAUUCUAAUUCUCAAUACAUUUUAUCAGUUUUAAGACAUCAUGUGAAAACCAAAGCCUUAUAUAUGUUUCUAUGUUAAUUUCGUUAUGAAAAUAUGUUUUCUUUGUUCAUUGUCUCGACAUCCUAUCUUAAGUUGAUGUUUAGUCGAAUUAAUAUAAUAAACACUGGAAAUUGUUAAAACAUUUGAUCUGUAAAUGGAAAGAAAUACAAUUAAACACUGAUCAGGUCAGACUAAUAGUUAGAAACCGUUUUCACGGUUAAGCAUCUGUUACAACAAGCAAUGAACAUCAUUUCUGUCCAUUCUUAGUAAUUAAAAAGCAUUAAAAUAGAAGUUAUCUAGAGGAUUUAAGUAUACAUCAAGGAAGGCAAAUUAUUCGGACGAUUUGUAUAUCCUGUGUUUCAAAGUUUCUACUAAAUAAUAAUAAACACAAACAUACAAAAGUAAAUGGAAAGGUUUGAGGAAAUUGUCUUGCAUUUUUAAUACUUCUAAAGUUGUGCAGGCAAAUCAAUAUUCUUAAAUUUAUUUACAAAAUGAACAGUUCUAUCAAUAGUCUUAAAUUUACGUUCUGACCCCUUCACCUAAUUGACUUUGUAAAACAGAUUAAAAUAAAAUUGCUGCAAACAAGUACCUUUUCGUUUGCCAAAAAAACUAUUUCGCAAGUGUUAAUACUUUCCCAUAAAAAUAAUUCCAACGCAAACAGUAAAGUGUGCGAACUAAAUGUGCGGUCAGAUCCGUAACGGAUUGGAUAUAGCUCUUAAAUUGCAUGCAUAGUUGUUGGAGUUUCACUUCUCUGACUUUGUAUAUCUUAAGAUCUAUGUAUGAUGGCCAAGCAAUUUAGAUAUAUAUACCGGCAUAUGAUUUCAGGUAUAGGAGAUAAUUAACACCUAGAUAAAAAAUUAUUCGUGAUGGUUGUAUAAAUGGUAUUGGGCCAUCAUAGAUUAGAUCGGAAGAUACAAAGUCAGAGAAGUGAAACUCCAACAACUAUACAUCUAACUUAAGAGUUUCCUCAUUUUUCCUAAGUAUUAUAAAAAAAAAGAAUGAUCAACAUAUGCUACCGUUUAAUGUUUCUCCUCGAUGUUCUUACGUCAUUUUUUUUGCCAUUAAUUUUAUAGUUUUAUUAUUUUUUCUUGCCAUUAACAUCGUAAACAUAAAAAUUUAUCAUAAAGUAUAUAGAACCAGAAUCUCUAAAAAUACAGGAAUACAUUAUUUGUAUAUUUUAAACAAAUUUCAUGCAUAACUAGUGAUAUAUAUAAUUUAACGAAUCAUCUGGAAAUACAAAUUAUCAUCAACACAUGUUUAAAAUCGAAUUUAACUAGCUAAAUUUUCUAGAGAGAUUCAGUGACUCUGAACUUCCUGAUUAUAUAUAUAUAUAUAUAUAUAUAUUAAUUGGCCAACUAUAAUAUACGGAAGGCGCAUACUUUUCUAAUUACAAGUUCGUAAAUAAUUUUAAUUAUAUUUUGUGGAAAUCAGUAAAGAAUUAAAAAUUACAAGUGAUUAAUUUGGAAAAUUAAAAAACGUUCAGCAAGUAUCCAUGCCAACUACUAUAUAACUUCGCUUCAAUCUUCACUUCUGAUCCACAAAACUUAAUUACUCAUCCAAUCUAAUCGUAAAAAAAAAACAAGAUGAAAAUAUUUAACCCAUCUCGAAACCUAAUCCUAGCUACAACCAUUUUCCUUGUUUUCAUUGUUCCUCUAAGAGCCCAAGACAGCCCACAAGACUUUUUGGACGCUCACAACCAAGCACGAGCAGCGGUUGGGGUGGAUCCUUUAGCGUGGGACGAGACGGUGGCUGCAUAUGCUCAGGACUACGCAAACCAGCGUAGAGGUGACUGCGCCUUGGAACACUCGAGUGGGCCCUAUGGAGAGAACAUCGCCUGGAGCAGUGGUGACAUGUCAGGUGUUGAAGCAGUUAACAUGUGGGUGAACGAGCAGGCUGACUACGAUUAUGGUUCCAACACAUGUGCCUCAGGAAAACAGUGCGGCCACUAUACUCAGAUUGUGUGGAAAAACUCGGUGAGCUUGGGAUGUGCAAAAGUGAGUUGCGACAAUGGUCAAACCUUCAUCACUUGCAACUAUGAUCCUCAAGGUAAUAUUGUGGGCGAGUGGCCUUACUGAAAAGAGUACCCACGUGUGAAUGUUUCAAAAAAUAUAUGUUAUGCAUGCAUGAAUUUAUGUUUCUAUAUAUAUUGUUCAGUUAUACCAAUCUUCAUCAUCAGCUAAUAGUUGAUUGGUUUGUCCGGUUCAGUCCUCUUUUGUACCAUAUACGUGGAUUUUUAUAAAGGAAUAAGAAAAAUGCAAUGCUAUACGGCUUGCAUGCUUUGUGUGAUUUAUGAUAAUCUUUUUUUGUAUAUUUUUUUUGGCUCAACAUCAACUUCUUCAUUUACCAAAAGGUUGUACAAUCAAAUUGUAACCACAAUGGCUCAACAGAGAGUUUAACCACUUAUGAUUUGAGUGCGAGGAUAUAGUAUCACCUAAACUCACUCAUUUGGAGCCUACAUUACCCUAUCACUCAUCCAACCACUUAAACCACCAUGAGAACAAUCUCCUUCUACCAGAAACGGUGAAAACGAGUCGCCUUUUCUACCACACUAUUACAGAGACAUAACCAAAACUUUAAAACUAAGACCUAAACAAGAAGCUCAAACCCGGACAUCUGAUGCCAAAACGCCAAUGAAUCAAUCCUAACGAGUCUGUAUCUUGAAAAUGCUAUCUGAUGAAUUCCCCUGAGGGGAUGAUUGCAUUAAUUAGGCUGUAUAAAGUCGAAAGUGUUACAGAUAUCUCGGGGUUACAGUUAAGAUCAUAACAAAGUAAUUACACCAUUCUCCUAUAUUUCACCUUCCUGCAGUUGAAGCUUCAUAAGGUUGGACGAUUAAAACUGGAUCAGAAUUGUUCAAAGAGAGUUGUCGGAAGACCCUUGGUGAAGAUGUCUGCAUACUGAAUCGAAGUUGGGACGUGGACUUUUACUUCACCCAAAGCUACCUUCUUGCUUACAAAGUGACUGUCAAGUUCCACAUGCUUAGUUCUUUGAUGUUUCACCAUAUUUGAAGCUUGAUACACAGACCCUAUGUUAUCGCAGUAAGCAAGAGAGGCCUUUGUGAUCUUGAAGUGGAGCUCAAGCAGUAAGUUUCUGAUCCAGCAUAGUUAUGCAUCAGUGUUUGCUACACUUUUGUACUCAGCUUUCGAGCUUGAUCUGGAGACUGUUGGCUGCCGCUUUGCUGACCAUGAAACCAGGUUUGGACCAAGGAAUACACAAUAGCCUGAGGUAGAUCUCUGAGUUUUGGGACAGCCUGCCCAGUCCACAUUGGUAUAAGCUGUUAAAGUAUCAAGGCUGCCCUUGUAGAGUUGCAGUCCGUUAGCUUCUCAGAAGGUUCUGGUCACUAGUGACUGACCGAUGUGCUCUAGAUUCUUCUCCAAUGAAUUCCUGAAGAAGAAAAGUGUUGCAAGAACCCUAGAUUCUCCGAUUUAAUUACAAGUUAGGAAGACGACAUAGUUGCUAAUGAGAAAGAAAUUUGACGUUGGAUUGAAUGGGAAAGAAAAUGGAUUGUUUACUCCUAUUCACAAGUUUCCAAAAUUGGACCCAAUUGAAGGGAAAUUUUAUUUUUAUAUUUUCAAAUCCUAAGAGCUUAUUAUUUAGACAUUCAAGUUUCAAGCAUUUGGUUUUCGUUUAUCUAUACUAUUAAAUUAGAAGUCAUGAUUUCUUUCAUGUGUGAUAUUUGUUUUAAAUGGACAAUUCCCUAAAAAGUUGGUUACAUUUUUUUUUUGUAUUUUUAUAGUAAAAUCCUAACAACAUAUUUAAUUCUAUUUUUGUUCCAUCAAAAUAUUAUUAGAUCUGCAUAAUUUUGAAAAUAUAUUAUUCCAUCAAUAUAUAAUUAUAACAAAAUUAAAUUAUAUAAAAUAUAAAUUAUAUUUUAAUGAUAAUAACAAUUUAAACUGAUUAAUUUUUUUAAAAAAAUACAUUUUACAAAGACUUUAAAAAAGAUUUUUUGUUAGAAAGAUUCAUUUCUAUUUUAAACUAGGCAAGAAACCCGUACGAAAUCGCACGAAAAAUCAUCUUAUAAUAUUAAAAAUCACAUAUUUUAUAAAAUAAUGUUUUAUAUAAAAAUUGUUACAAUCGCUUUUGAUGAAAUAUAUGUAUUGCAAAAGUAUCUUAUAUACAACUUUAUUUCUUUAUUAAUAAUACUAAAAUCUAUAUUUAAUUUACAUGUUUUGUUGUAAUGAAAUUAAAAAUAUAUUUUAUUAUCGGUUUAGCUAAGUUAUUUAAAAUCUCAAAACAACUGAAUAUUUGAAACUAAUAAAAAGAAAACACAUUCCAAUCUAAUCAUUUACUAUAUUAUUAAUAAAAUAUGUUUUAUUACCCAUUUAGCUAAGUUAUUAAUAAAACUUUAUGUUCCAGUUAUAUUUCUAUCAUAACAAUUAUUGCAUACAAGCGCGUGUCUAUCUUUUCAAGUUUCUUCUUACAAUUGUCUCAUAAUAUUUAGUUCCAACCAUUUCUUGAACAAAUUUCAGUUACUUUUGCAUGACAUUUUAUCAACUUUCUCUAUUAGGAAGACAAUAUUAGAAUUACCAAUUUGUACCUUUUUAAACAAUUACUAGUUAUAUCUCGAUAACUAAAACAAUUACUAUUUCAUAUAUUUAUUUACAUGUUUUUAAGAAAGAAUAUAAAAAAUGGAUCGUAUGUAUGUUGAUAUGACCCUUCUCAUUUAUAAUAUUGCCUUAAAUUUUUAGAACUAAUACAAAUAAAAUUAACUGAAUUGAUAAACCAUAGUCUUACCUUUUCGAAAUCAUCAAUGGUUUUUAUUAGAUUUUAAGCAUUUUAAAAUUGAGGCUCUGGAAUGUUAUCAGUUUCUCAAACAAAUUUCUAAGCUUAGAUUAAGAUACAAGAAUGACAAAAAUAGUUCUUCAUAUUUAUUGUAUUCUUCAAAGAUCUUUGAUAAAUUUUUAACAAUUUUCCUAAUCUAUUUGGGAUUAUUGUGAUUUUUUUGUUGUUGUAAUUUGUCAAUUGUUACAACCAGAGCCGAUCCUAGAAAUUUAUAGACUAGAAGCAUAAUAAAAAAAAUUGGCCACUUUUUAGAAAGUAAAAUUGAAAUAAAACAAAAAGAUUAUAUGGUCUAUAUAAGCCUCGAACCCGGGUUGUUUGACUGUAACAUGGACCCAAAGAUAACACUGGACCAAUGAGAACUUAUGGAAAAAUGUGACCGAAAUUAAUACAUACAAUUAUCGCUGGAAGCAGGUGCUUCCUUUGCUUUGUCCAAGGGCCGGCAUCGGUUACAACUCCUUCAAUGGUUGGUUAACACCAAAAGUUACAACGAUUUAUCAUUAAAAAUUACAGUCACCAACAAUUGUAAUGGUUUGUCACCAAAGAAUGCAAUGGUUCAUCACUAAAAUUGCAUUCACCAAUAGUUGCUAUAUUUCAUUUAGGCAGUCGUAAUAGUUCCACCAAAUACUUGCAUUUUGCAAUGAUUCACUUAAUUCGCUAAUAAUCCUCUCUCGUAUGUGUGUAAUAGUGAUUCACUAAACAAAUAGCAUUUAUUUCAAAUUGGUGCAACAUGAAAUGUUUUAACCAAUGCAAUUGUCAAACUGGUGCAACAUGAAAUGUUUAAACCAAUGCAAUUAUUAGGUUAAUUUUGACAAUUUAUUUUAAAUUGAUGCAAUCGUAGGAUGAAUAAACACAUUGUUAGGAAGAAAAUACACAUUCUUAGACAUACAAUUCUUAGAAUAAGAUGGCACGUUGUAGGAUAAUAAGAUUUGCGCAUGUAUAAAACAUAACUAAACAUUCUGCCACCACUUUAAUACCAAACAAUUUUUAUAAUAAACAUACACAUACUUAGACGAGAAACCAGUCCUAAAAAACCUACACAACUUAUAGGAUGAUAAGAUAUAUCUUAAGAUAUUUUAAGCCUCUAAAACCUUUUCAUUUUUAAGGAUUAAAAGAGACAUUCUAAGAUAUUUGAAAAAACUCUUGAAAAAAUAAUUUUAUGACGAAAAUACAUAUUCUAAAUAAUUUCACACCCCCUUAAAAAUAGGAGUGAAUCUAGAGAUAAACUAUACUGGCUACACUAAGAACUUUCCAUAACUAUAUAUUAAUUCAAAAAAUACAUGAACACCCAAUCUUCCCUAAAUACAUUCACCACUACUUUAAAAAUAUUACAUUUUUUGUUCAAAAAAUAAUUACAUUUUAAAUGAAAAGAUACCUCUUAGACGUUUUGACAAAAAAACAUUUUGCAAAUGUAAUUCUAAACAACUAAACUAUAUAUUAUUAAAAUGAAAAGCCACAUUUUUAAACAAUUAAUUUUUUUAUUUUAAACUAUAUAUUUAUUAAAACAAAAAGACACAUUAAUUCGGUGAAAAGAUACAUAUUCAUAUAUUUUAAUAACUUCUUUUAAAUCAAAUUUUAACACUAAAAUAAAAAUCACAUUUUUUUUGAAAAAAUUAUGAACAUAGCCUAGUCUAUGUAUAGUUUUUCAAAAAUUUAUAUGAAUAGUCACAACUUUUUCAGAUUUGUAGUAAUUAUUUUAAAAUAUUAACUUUACAAUUUAUUAUGAAUAUGCACAUAAUUACUAAAAUAUACUUUAAUGCAUAAUAAAAAGAUACAACUCUUAAAUUAAUAUAUAUAUUUAGAAAGACACUUUUUGGAGUACUUAACAUCUUUUAAAAAGCUAAUUUCUCUUUUAGAAUGAAAAAACACAACUUUUAGAAUUAAUAUAUUUUUAAAAAUAAAAAAUGAAAACACACAACUUCGACUUUUGACAUUACAAUGAACUGACACACAACUACAGA